GCCCUGAAGAUGCCUAUAUAAUAAAAAACUACUUUAGUUCUCACCUCGAGCCUGUGCUGGACGUGAGCUGGUGGAUGGAUGGAUGAAUGUUUAGUUCAUUCUACUUUGUUGAGAACUCUGUCGAUGCCAAUAACUCUAACACAGUGAAGCAAAAGAAGAAUAUCGAACCAAAAUAUCUUCAACAUUCAUUUAUAUUUAAUUUAGCUCAUUAAUUACUUUUUCCUGCAACCAUAACCAUGAUUAGUGGCUACAUGAUGGAUGGAUGCAGCUAAGCUCAUUUUGCCCAUUACCAAGCAUUCAAAAUUUAUCUGUGUUGUCAUCAAAGUAUUUUAUUCAUCUGUUCAUCCACCUUUCAGCUAUGAUCCACACUUCAGAAAAUAUAAAACGUGAAAUAAGUUCACUUGGGUUGUCAGUUAUGUCAUUCUGCUUUUUCUUGCCAAAACCGCUUUAGCCCUUAGCUUGUGUAAGAUAUUGUCAUUAACAUAACACAGCCAGAACUUUUUUUCUGGAGCCAGCAUAGCUUGCUGAUUGGUUCAUGCUUACAGCCAUAGCUUGUUGAUUGGUUGAUGCUUACAGCCAUAGCUGGGUGAUUGGUUGAUUACAAGCACCAGCGCUAACAUCAAGUUACGUGGAAGUGCAGAAAAAAAGAUACAGCGGAGCUAAAACUGAGCAGAUAAUUAUUGUGUACGUCAAUUAGAUUUAAUGCACCAGUUAAUGCAUUUUUUGCAUUCGCGAAAAUUAAAUCGCUAACCAAUAUACUUUUGCCGCCGAUGAAUCCUGCCAGCACUUAUUAGCGGGAUAAUGUUACAAUGUUUUGUAUUCUGUGCUGGUCAAAUUUAAUAAGAAUCAUGAACAUGUCGUAUGUACAAUUUUUUUCCAGCGAUGAAACCUGCCAGCACCUAUUAGCGGGAUAAUGUUACAACGUUUUGUAUUCUGUGCUGGCCAAAUUUAAUAAGAAUCAUGAACAUGUUGACUUAAUUAUCCUCCGUUGUUUUGGUGUGGGGGUGUCGAUUCGUAUGAAAUUAUGCGUGAAGUUUAACCAAUGAACCUCUUGCGUCUCCCGUGCUUAUUUAACAUAAAGAUCCCGGUUCCUGUUGUGUGGUGCAAAAGUGACUCAGGAACGUGGACAGCAGCUUAAAAAGUCCCCGGUUGAGACGAGCCCAGGGACUUGUAAACUGGGACCAGGUUCUGGAACUUCUGUGUGCAAGUCCCUGUGGCUAGAGUGAAACGUUGCUUAUUGCCUGUUUGAGUGCUAGAGCCACCUAGUGGUCUAAAGCAGGCGCAGUCCGGCGUCUAAGCUGCCAGGGAUAACCACAGGUGAAACAAGCCAAUUAGAUCACAGGAAGACCAACUUGCUGACACCAAUCCCAGGCAUCAGAGCCUCUCUGAGCUGAGAGCAGCUAUGGGACAGAGGGGUUGCCAUUUCUCUCUGCUGCUCUUCUCACCGGUACAGGCCAACCUUGUGUUGUCCCCACCGUCGCUGUCGCUUCCAGUCCGAAGUCCCGAAGGCAGAUUGCAUCCCAGACCUGUCUCUGCAAACCCCCCCAGCAGGGAAAACACGCCCGGCACCUUUGAGAGGCCUGCAGAGGGCGCUGUGCUGCCCAGCUUCAACAAGGGGCGCCCCCGACUCUCAAUGAAGCGACGCCCCCCCUCCAGACAGCACAGGAAGUCUUACAUAGAGGAGCAGGGCACAGAAAGCGGGGCAUCCUCAUUUCAGCAGAGUAGCGAGGAAGGGGAGGUGCCCGGAACCCCUUUGGAGAAGUCGCAAGAGACUACUGAGGCCGAUGGCCCUGCAUCUACAGCCAAAGCCGAAAUCGAUGGGGACAGUGCGGGGGUCCAAGAUGAAGGUUCCGUCUGUCCGACAGAAAGCACGGUGAAGGAAGAGGUCGUCCCCGAUGGUGACUGUGAGAGGAUUCCGGCAGAGAUCCACUCGGCCAGUACCCAGGAGCCUGAGCUAACGACGAGCCCAGGAGUAUUAGCAGAACAGAUAGAGAACCAGCCAAGGAGCCUCGGAGACUGAAAUGGAUAAUAGGAGUAUUGUUUGGAGGGGUCCAAAUCCUCCCCCAUGUAUGGCUGUACUCGUCCUGGCCAGCUCACCUUCUGGAAAAGGAGAGCAGAAGGGGGACAUUUUGGGCAAUGACUAAGCUAACAAUUGUAAUAGUUUAUGUUCCCAUAUCUUAUAUGUAACAUUUGUUUUAUUUUUAGUGGAUUCCAAAAUGGAACUGAAAGUUUUGAAGAUAAAACUAAUUUAAGGAACCUUCCAUCAAGGGAUUGACGUGAUGGUUCUGUCCAAAAACACUGCUGUUCAGUGUAUCCUGAUUAUUACUGGAGCGAAUCAGUAUUCUGUGUGGUAAAUGUAGGGUUUUAAGUGUUAAAACAAUGAGAGUUUGGCUUUAGGGAUAGACGGUUUGCUUUUAAAUACAAAGAAAGAGUCAAAUGUCCUGAGACUCUCAAAAUGUCGACUUAGACCGAAGGUAACUUCGGUCUAGCUGAAAAAAAAAGCUGAAAAUGUUCUCAAGGAAUUUUUACCAUUGGCUUGGACGCAAUAUUUUUUAUAAGAUUACAGAGCUACAGCAUGGUUGUCCCAGCAGAGAGCAGCAGGUCUCUAACUGUUCUCCCUCCUGUGAGUUAUAUUCUUAAGCCAGGAUACUUGCAUUGUGAACUUCACUUCCCCUACCAAAUGGCACAUUAAAGUGGAGCGCCCCCUGUUGGACAUUCUUACCAUUUGCAAGGGAGCAAAUAGGUUUCUCUACUACUCUGACAGCAAUGACAUCAGUGACACCUGUAGGACUUCUGCCAAUCUCUUACACUGAACAAAUUAAACAAUUGAAAAUAGCCUCUUUGAACGGCAUAAUAUGUCAGCCUGUGCACACUCCAUAGCUGGUCUUAUAAGUAUCAGGGUUGCCAAGUCUCACGCAUCUGGCCUGACGCUUGUGCUUUCAGAGUCUAACGCUCAUGCAAGAAAUCUUACAGCAAAUCUAUGUUUUUCCAUUAUAAACGUAAAAUUAGAACAUCAAAAGCGUUGGGGGCAGUUUGCAAACCCUACAGACCUUUUACAUGGUAAUAAAACUGUUACAUGUGAAUGUGUGAGCAGAUGUGUGCAGACUUGUCUCGAAAAUCCCACUCCUGCCAGCUGACCAUAGCUGGCAACCCUGAGAUAUGAAAUUAUGUUGCCUUCCGAUGAGCAGCACAUGGAGCGCUGUGACCCUGCUGGUGUGCUUCUCUGAACUGGCAGCAAUCGGCAGCCAGUGCCUUCCAGAGGGGCACGAAACGACCAGAAUCACCUGUGAUAUUAUGCGCGUCCAUUUCACCAUAUGGUGACUCUAAGUCAUGCUGUCAAAGGUCAUGACCGGAGGAAGUCUUCGUUAACAGCUUCAUGAAGUGCAUUUCAACUGGCAGGUGUACAGCUGUUAUGAUUAGAUUCUUCAGAACGUGUUGGAAUAGGGGGAACACACACCAUUUGAGAACAGGAUCAAUACUUUUUGUCAUGCAAAAACAUGCCACGUAUGUUACACAACAAUAAAUAGCAUCAUCUUUUCAUUAACUAUAUUCAAAAGUAGAAUAUAGACAAUUAAUAUGGUGCAAAGAUGUAUAUAAUUUGUUUCAGACUAAAUCUUAAAAAGAGAAACUGCCAAUCACACCGAGCCGCCCCAAAACGAACAUUUCAGUAAUAUUCCACCAAUAGGGGGCGCAGGCGUUGUAUUUGAUUGUGCCGAGUCAUAUACUGUACAUGUUUUCCCACAGUUAGGAACAAAAUAGACUACUAUUAGAGAUAUGUCGAAAUAUAAUUACAGGAAGUGGUAUUGUUUUAUUAGUUAGAAAGAAACGCGAAAGCGAAACAAAAAGAUAAUGACUUUGUGGUAUAAUUAAAAGCAGGGGCGUAGGAAGCAGGCGGUGCGGGGGGUACAUGUACCUCCCAAAAUUUGGCUUCAUUCCUCCCCCCUAAAAACAGACUUUUGCAUUUAAGGUAUUGUCUCCCCCACCCAAAAAAUAUCAAGCUCUCUCCUGCGCCCUUUCUUAUACGUGUAACAAGCGAUCUAUCCAUUUCUGGUAGCGUUAACUAUCGUAGAUAGAAAACUGAAACCACACGCUGAAAUGUGUGCAUAAAGAUGAAUGUGAGAGUUGUUUAUAUUUAAGAAAAAUAAAUUCAUAAUGAAUCUGA